UCCUGGACCUGAAUCUGGGUCCAGCCUUCCUCAGCUACCUCAUGGUUACCCCACCAAUACAGACAGGGUCAGGAUGGGUGUUCUCCACAAGAAGUACUUAGCCUAUAACACAGCACACAAUCCCAACAACACCCAAACAAUGGCUAGAGGUCAAGGAGGGAGCUCAAAUGUGGCUCAUGCUUCUACCUCCUCUGGUGUCAUUGGGUAACAACGUGGGAGGCCAAGCAUGAGGCCGGACGCAGAUAAGCCGUAUGCCUGCCCCACGUGUGGGAAGCGCUUUGCUGAGGCGAACUAUGUGAAGAAGCACCAGAGGGUCCACACUGGGGUGAAACCUUUUAGCUGUACCCAGUGUCACAUGCGCUUCGCCCAGGCUGGUGACCUGAGGUGGCACCUGAGGGUCCACACAGGGGAGAAACCCUACAGCUGCCCCCAGUGUGAGAAGAGAUUCUCCCGCCAGUACCAGCUGAAUGUGCACCUGAAGAUCCACACGGGAGAGACGCCGUUCGCCUCAACAAUAUUGUUGAUCCAUCCUCAGUUAUUCCUCUUCAAGCCAUUAAACUCUGUAAAUGUUUUAAAGUCACCAUUGGCCUCAUGGUGAAACCCCUGGGCGGUUUCCUUCCU